AUGCGCUUCAUCACGACUGCCACCCUCUUGGCUUCCGCCCUGGGCCAGGCUUAUGCCGACAGCGUGUCAGCGGCUUCAUCCGAGGUCGCGGCUAUCCGCACCUUUUUCUACACGGGCGGCGGCUAUGCUGACGACGGCGCUGGCGGCCACAUCUGGCGCGAGCAGAUGUAUGUCGAGAGGCUUCAGCCGGCCAAGGGGGUCAGCCAGCCGACGCCUAUUGUCUUUAUCCACGGCCAGGCCCAGACCGGCACUAACUUCUUGAACAAGCCUGACGGCAGCCGAGGAUGGGCCUCUCUGUUCCUUGACCAGGGAUAUGAAAUCUACAUCGUGGAUCAGACGCUGCGAGCCCGAUCCCCUUGGCAGCCGGCCUACAUGGCUGCCUUGCCGUCGACCUACUCAGCUGAGAUUAUCGAGCAGCGGUUCACCGCUGUGCAGAACUACAAUCUGUGGCCGCAGGCUGCCUUGCACACGCAGUGGCCGGGUAAUGGUUCCAUGGGCGACCCCAUCUUUGAUACAUUCUACAGCUCCAACGUCCAAUUCAUCAACAACGCCGUCUACCAGCAGACCACGGUCCAGAACGCCGGCGCGGCGCUGCUGGAUAAGAUUGGCAAGCCCGUCAUCUUGCUCGGCCACAGCCAGGGCGGCAUCAUGCCCAUUGUGAUUGCCGAUGCUCGUCCCAAGCUCACCAAGGCCCUCAUCCUGCUGGAGCCCACCGGCCCUCCCUUUCAAGAGGCCAUCUUCAGCACCACUCCCGCUCGUGCCUGGGGGUUGGCGGACAUUAAGCUUACCUACACGCCCCCUGUCAACGUUCCCGCUACGGACCUCGUGCAGCAGGUCUACCCUGCUCCUGAUGCGAACCAUACCGAUUGUAUACUCCAGGCCUCUUCUCCGGCGCCGAAGCAGCUGACGAACCUGGCCAGCAAGCCUAUCCUCUUCGUCACCUCUGAGUCGUCCUAUCAUGUGCCGUACGACUACUGCACCGUGAACUACCUUUUGCAGGCGGGCUGCAAUCUGACCACUCACCUUGAGCUUCCAAAGGCAGGAUUCCACGGCAAUGGGCACAUGUUUUUUAUGGAGAAGAACAGCGACCAGAUUCAGCAGAAGAUUGAGAGCUGGAUUGCAGGGUUGGCGUGA